GUCCCCAGUACGGUGGACAGGGCUUCGGAGGACCCGGCAAUGGAUACGGCCCAGCCAGUACCCCACAGAGUGAUCCGCGCUUCUCCCCAUAUGGCGGAGCACCACAGCAGGGUGGAUUCGGAGGAGGCCAAGGGGCCAUGGGCCAGGGAGGACCUGCCUCUCUACCGCCAGGCUGGGAACAGACGCAAGAUCCCAGCAGUGGCAAGACUUACUACUUCAACCGCAGCACCAACGAGACUAGCUGGACUCCGCCCGCAGCGGCUCCUGCACCGGCGCCGGCCAUCGAGGCUGGCGGCUCCUUGCCACCGGGUUGGGAACAGGCAACCGAUCCAAGCAGCGGCAAGCCGUACUAUUUCAACAGGUCGACCAACGAGACCAGAUGGGAAGCCCCGACCAUGUGA